AUGUUAUCAAGUGGGUGGGUUGUACAAAAAUUUGGUGGUACUUCCGUGGGUAAAUUCCCCAAGGGUAUCGUUGAUCAUAUUAUUAAAUUUUAUACAGAAGAACAACAGAAUGACGUUGCGGUUGUUUGUUCUGCUAGAUCUUCUUACACCAAAUCCAAGGGUACCACUUCUAGAUUACUCAAAUGUUGUGAUUUAGCGUCACAAGGAGAAGAUUUUAUGGAAUUCAUUGAAGAGGUUAGACAAGACCAUGUGAGUAACGCCGAGGCCAAUGUAGAAACACCUGCAUUGCAGACUAGAUUGAUUAGUGAUAGUAAUAAAGAGUUGGAUUUGGUGGUUAAAUAUUUGGAAGCUUCUAAAGUUCUUGGUGAAGUGAGUCCGAGAACAAUGGAUUUAGUCAUGGCAUGUGGUGAAAAAUUGAGUUGUCUGUUCAUCACUGCUCUUUGCAACGAUAGAGGCUGUAAAGCUCAAUAUAUUGACCUAUCUCAUAUUGUUCCUAGUGAUUAUACCACCAACAACUUAGAUAGCAGCUUCUAUGCCUUCCUUGUGCAAGCUUUUAAGGAAAAAUUACAACCUAUUGUUCAGUCAAAGGAAAGAAUUGUGCCUAUCAUUACAGGAUUUUUCGGACUUGUGCCAAUGGGUCUCUUAAACGGUGUCGGUAGAGGUUAUACCGACUUAUGUGCUGCCUUGAUUGCAGUUGCAUUGAAUUCUGACGAAUUACAAGUUUGGAAAGAAGUCGAUGGUAUCUUCACAGCUGAUCCAAGGAAGGUUCCACACGCACGUCUAUUAUCAAGUGUCACACCAGAAGAAGCAGCAGAAUUGACCUAUUAUGGUUCUGAAGUUAUUCAUCCAUUCACCAUGGAACAAGUUAUUAGAGCCAAAAUUCCAAUUAGAAUCAAAAAUGUCCAAAAUCCAAGAGGUGAUGGUACAAUUAUUUAUCCUGAUAACCAAGCCAAGAAGGGCGAAAGUACACCACCACAUCCACCAGAAGCACUUUCAGCAUCAUUUUUCGAAACUAAGAGAAGAGGCGCAACUGCUAUUACCACCAAGAGUGAUAUUGUAGUUGUUAACAUUCAUUCCAAUAAAAAGACACUAUCACAUGGAUUUUUGGCUCAAAUCUUUACCAUUCUGGAUAGAUACAAAUUGGUGGUUGAUUUGAUCUGUACUUCUGAAGUCCACGUUUCUAUGGCAUUGCCAAUCCCUGAUCCUGAAUCUUACAAAGCAUUAAGACAAGCCGUAGAAAAAUUGAAGAGCUUGGGUACCGUUGAUGUUACGAAGAAAAUGGCGAUUGUAUCAUUAAUUGGUAAGCAAAUGAAGCAAUUUAUUGGCAUUGCAGGUACCAUGUUUACCACACUAGCCGAAAACAACAUUAAUAUCGAUAUGAUUUCGCAGGGUGCGAAUGAAAUUAACAUUUCUGCAGUUAUUGAUGAAGCUGAUUCUAUCAAAGCAUUGCAAUCAAUUCAUUCAAAAUUGUUAGAUGAACGUGCUCAAGAUUUUGAACACGCCGUUGACGAACGUUUAGAACAGAUAAAAAGACUUGAUUGA